GAGGACGGAACGAGGGACUGUGCGUGGCUUGAGAGAGAGAGAGAGAGAGAGAGAGAGAGAGAGAGAUUAUUCACCCCCCUCUUCUCUCUCUAAAUUAUCCUCCUCCUCCCUUUCCUCCUCUUCCUCCUCUUCUUUAUCAUCCUUAUCUUCCUUAUCCCUCUUCUACAUAACGAAAAAAAAAUAGCUUAAUCUUCCCUUUUUUCUCUUCUCCCACUUCUUCUUUCUUCCUCUUUUCUUAUUUUUUCUGUUUCUUUCUUUUCUUUCCUUUCAUCUGUCUUUUCUUUCUCUUCUUUCUCUUCUUCCUAUAUACUUCACUUUUCUUUCUCCACUUCUUUCCUGUUUUCCCCCUUCCUCCUCCUCCUCCUCCUCCUCCUCUGUAACCGGUUAGGAGAAGAGUUAAGAGUGAAAACCAAACAGACCCGACCUUCAGAAUCAGUCGGUCGGUCGGUCUAUCGGUCGGUCAGUCGGUCGGUCAGUUAGUAAGUCGGUUUGUCUCUCUCUCUCUCUGCGCACACUCGACUUCGGACUGACAACACGACGCAAUGAAGCUGUUGGCGGUGGCGGUGGUGGUGGUGCUGGCGGUGGCGAGUUCGGUGGAGGGACAAUUUCCAUUCCGGUCGCUCCCCUCGCCCCCUGAGAUCAUUUUCGGCGCCUUCAGACCGCUCUUCCAGCCCUUCCUCCGAUCUCGGCCCAGACAACCCCGACCAGUUCGUCCCUUCCGCCCGUUCGGCCCAGGGGUCUUCUGCUCCCCAAGAGGUCGCGGGUGUCGCUUCUUUAGGCUCGAGAACCAACGCCCACUACAAUCACCACCACGCCCACCACCCCCUCCUCAGGUCUUCCAACCCUCCCCUCCCCGGCCGUUCCCUCCCCAGCAAGCGUUCCAGCCCCAGCAACAACCCGUGUUCCAGCAACAUCAGCAACCUAACCCCGCGCCAAGGCCUCAGCAGCAGUUCGUCCAAUCGCCACCUGACUUGAGUAACUUCGGCGCGCCACGACCCGACACAAUCCUGAACAGCCCGUCAUCGCCGCAAGGGCCUCCGCGACCUCGCCCGAACAUUCAGCCUCGCCCGAACCAACCCCAACCCUUCGCGCCGUCCCAGCCCUUCCCGCAACCCAUCCCUGACCUCAACGACAACAACAUUAUCGGCAUGACACCACCACCGCCACCUCCACCACCAAGGAGACCAUUACCACAGCCCCCAUCACCACCUCGGGCAAGGCCACAACCAACGCAGCGCCCUCGACCGCCUCAGCCUCAGCCUCAACCGCCUUCUCCUCCUCCUCCGCCCCCUCGCAAGAAGCCAGUGACAUCGCCGAAGGGUAACGCCAUUGAUGGGUUGUUAGUGAACCCCGUCCCGUCCGUCAACGCUGGUGUGCUCCCGUUGGCGAAUGAGAAGCCGGACCAACCGCAGUUCUUCCCGCCGCUGGUAGGCAUAUCGUAAAGGAACCGAUGGGAGUUUAGGUUUGAGGAUGUUAUGAUGGAGAGAACGAGAUCUUUGUUUUUUUUGUUGUAUAUUAGCGCAAAAACUCGAGUUAAUGAUUUUAGAUGUUAAGUAGAUGAAAAGAAUAAGACCGGUUUUGUUGUAUACGUAUUAGUGCAAAACCUCAACGGGAAAGUUUUAUGUUAAGAAGUUAUGACUGAGAAUGGAAGGAUCUCUGUUUUGUUGGAUAAUUAUCAGACUAUAAACAACGAGACAUUACUUUAUUUAGAUAGCAAGAUGAAGAUAAUGAAAAGAUCGAUUUGUUGUAUACACGAAUUAGGGCAAAAUUGAACUCAACGGGAUAGUUAUAUUUUUAGAUGAUAAAAUAAAGAAAACGUAAAAAACUGCGUAUCUGCGUAAAGAAUCGCUUUUUUAUUUGUUUUAUACGCGAAUUAGCGCAAAAACUCGACGGGAUAGUUAUAUUUUUAGAUGAUAAAAUGAAGAAAACGUAAAAAACUGCGUAUCUGCGUAAAGAACCGCUUUUUUAUUUGUUUUAUACACGAAUUAGCGCAAAAACUCAACGGGAUAGUUAUAUUUUUUGAUGAUAAAAUGAAGAAAACGUAAAAAAAUAUGCGUUAUCUGCGUUAAGAACCGCUUUUUUAUUAUUAUUUUUUUACGUUGAGAGCCAGAGGGAACGUUCUCCUAAAAUAAAGAGAACGAGGUUUGUUUAUCUUGGUUUAGAAUUCGGUGGCUUGUCUUAUGUAUUCGCUGUUCAUGUGUGUGGUCUGUGUGACGAUUUCUUGCUUUCUUUUUUCUUUAACAUUUUUUUUUCGUUGACGCAAAUUUCGAUCCGCGUUUUUUUUCCCUCUAUUUUUCUCAUUCUUUUCAGUACUUGUUUAUUUUGGUUUAGAAUUCGGUGGUUUGUCGUACUGUAUUCGAUGUUCUUGUGUCUGGUCUGUGUGACGAUUUCUUCUUUUCUUUAACUUUUUUUUUCCGUGUCUUUUCUUUCUCUCUUUUUCUCAAUCUUUUCAGUACUUGUUUAUCUUGGUUUUGAAUUCGGUGGCUUCUUGUUUUCUUUUUUCUUUAACUUUUUUUUUAUCGUUUACGCAAAUUUCGAUCCUUGUCUUCUUUUUCCCCUAUUUUUCUCAUUCUUUUCAGUACUUGUUUGUAGAAUCACCUCCGUCACUUUCCCUUUCUUUCGUUAUAUUUCAAGGUCAGUGUUAUUUUGUGUUGUUUUCGUUGUCUUCGCUUCAGUCUUUGUUUAUGGAAUGCACAUGAUGGCUACGUGUCUCAGUCGCAUACCUGUGCACCUCCCUACCUGCUUGCUUAUUGAAGUAUUACCAGUGUAUGGAUGGCCGUGUACUUCAGGAGUAACGGGAGUAUACAAUUAUAUUUAGAUUCGUUAUAUGUUCAUGGUGCCUUAUAUAAUACCUUCCCAUACCUCUACAUAUAUUUAUCCUUCAGUAUUAAUCACCUAUAUCCCUGCUUGAGUGUAUUUUCGGUAUAUAUUUAAUGGGAAAAGUGCGUAUACGAUAUUAUAGUACACAAACACACACUCGGUAACUUGGUAAAUAUUAUACGAUACCCCGUUCACAUUAAUUUGACAUAUAAGCCCCGCCCACGCUAGCCUAUCAACCACUAAUCAGAUUUCACCCUCCCAAGCAUCCACCAAUCACAAGGAGCCGCGGUUGGUGAUUGGGCGUGGCUUGCUUGUAGACUAGCCAAUAUGCGUUGAAUACGAAAGUGGGAGGGGCUUAUUUGCCAGGAUAGUUUGAACGGUCUGUAUUCCUACUUUCAAUGCAUUUAUUCAUAUGUUUAUCUAUAUGCGUUGUUUCUAAAGAGAAUUUUCUAACUGUUUUUCUACGGUGCUUAGAAAUAUACUUAGAAAUAUAUAUAUAAAUAACAGGAUUCUUUGGGAAAAUAUAUUAUAGGGUUUGGUUUACUGUUGCCUGCUCUCGUGUAUAUAUAUUUAGACUUUCCUUUUCCUUCACCUCAUAUUCUUCCCCUUUUGUUUCUUUCUCUACUUUCUUUUCAUUUUACUAUUCUUAUUCGUAUAUAUGUUCAAAUCUUCCUCCUCUUUUCCCCUUUUCUGUUUCUUCCUCCUCUUUCUUUCCAUUUUAAUAUUCCUAUUCGUAUAUGUGUUCAAAUCUUCCUCCUCUUUUCCUCUCUUCUGUUUCUUCCUCCUCUUUCUUUUCAUUUUAAUAAUCCUGUUCGUAUGUCUUCAAAUCUUCCUCCUUUUUCUACUUUUUCUCCUCCUUUUUUGUCUUCCUUUUCGUAUUAUUACGAUGCAUUUAAAUCUUUCUCCUUUACUGCUUUUUCCUCAUUUCUUCCUUUCUACUUCUCUUCCUGUUCAACUCUUCCUACUUUCCUUCUCCUUCACUGCCCUUCCCUAUACUCAUUUCUUCCUUUCUACUUCUCUUCCAGUUCUACUUUUCCCCGUCUUUCUCUUCAUACUCUCCUUCUUCACUGCCCUUCACUAUACUCAUUUUCUCCUUUCUACUUCUCUUCUUGUUCUCCUCCUCCCCGUCCUUCUCUUCCUACUUUCUUCUUCACUUCCCUUCACUAUGCUCAUUUCUUCCUUUCUAUACUUCUCUUCCUGUUCUCCUCCUCCUUUUCUAUUCCUCCCUCUCUCUCGGUGCCACUCAUUUCUUCCUUCCUACUUCUAUUUGGGUUCUCCUCCUCCUCCUCCUCUUCAUUCUCUUUCAACUAUCAUCCCUAUCUCCCUCUCUUCCCCUUCGCUUCUGCUACUGCGGUGCCAUAAUAUUAUCACAUCAAUCCUCGCCAGCCUCCCUUCGCGAACUUCAAAACAAAUAUUCAUCUGUAAAUAUCACCUCAAUCCCAUUUAGUGAGACCACAUCGCAUGGAAAUAUUGAACCUUCCUCAUUUACUCUUUGCCUCAAUUGGUGUUUCUCUCUUCCUUACGGCGUUUAAAAGGGUUAAUAUUAAGUUAGAUUGGUUAGCCUUUCCUCAUCUGUCUCUAGGCUGUAUGGCCCGUGAGUUUUGACAAGUCUGUGAGCUUCGUUUUCUCAAUCCUCUGAGAUGUAACAUAUAGCUUGGAGCCUUGCCUGCGAGCCUACUGUUGCUGCUGCUGCUGCCCUCCCCUUCCCUUCCCCCCCCUCCCCCUACAGGCUGACGGGAUAUCUUUGUAAAAUGUAUACGAAAAAUAAUAAAAAUAAUAAUAUACA